AUGAAUCUUACACAAUAUGUCCAUAUUUUAAUUAUUUCACUAUGCACCUUCAACUUCUGCUUCCAGCGGAUAAACUCCGAUGACAACGGAGGCUGGGAAAGAGGCCAUGCCACUUUCUAUGGCGGAGCUGAUGCAUCCGGAACAAUGGGAGGUGCGUGUGGGUACGGUAACUUGUACAGCCAAGGAUACGGACUACAAACCGCGGCUCUGAGCACGGCCUUGUUCCAGAGCGGUCAGAGGUGUGGGGCUUGUUUUGAGCUACGGUGUGAGGAUGAUGAUCAGUGGUGCCUCCCUGGUUCCAUCAUCGUCUCCGCUACAAACUUCUGUCCUCCAAACUAUGCCUUAGCCAACAAUAAUGGUGGUUGGUGCAAUCCUCCCCUCCAGCACUUUGACUUGGCCGAACCCGCCUUUCUCCAGAUCGCUCAGUACCGAGCUGGCAUCGUUCCUGUCGCAUUCAGAAGGGUUCCAUGUGAGAAACCUGGAGGGAUAAGGUUUACGAUAAACGGGAAUUCAUACUUCGACCUCGUGCUGAUUACAAUGGGUGGUGCUGGUGAUGUUAAGGCCGUAGCAUUGAAAGGCUCAAAGACUAAUCAAUGGCAAUCCAUGUCCAGAAACUGGGGACAGAACUGGCAAAGCAACACUUACCUCAGAGGUCAAAGUCUCUCUUUUCAAGUCACUGCGAGCGAUGGUAGGAGUGUUGUGAGCUACGAUGUUGUGCCUGAGGAUUGGCAAUUCGGUCAAACUUUCGAAGGAGGACAAUUCUAGAUAAUGUAUCAAGAGACAACUUUAUUUAU